UUGGAGGGAGGGAAAAGAAAGGGAAAGAGAGAAGGUGUAGGCAAGUGAAUUAUUAGAGAAGUUUCAAUCUGAUUUUGUUUUUGCAUAAUAAAUACAGGAGAUUUGUUCAUUUAUUUGUGUUUUUUAAGUUUGUUUUUGUCAAUUUUUUUUGGUUAAUUUGCAGUAAUAUCUGCAUCGUCUUCUCUCUUUCUUUCUCUCCUUCUCUUGGCCGGAGCCGGGGGGAGCAAACCGGAGAAAUAAAUUAGACAGUUCCGUGGGGUUAUAUAAUGGAGUGGUUGGAUAAGGUGAUGCAUCCUAUGCGAAGAGUGUGGAACGGCGUAGCUUUGCGUAUCGGAAUUCGCAAACGAGGGCUGUUGAAGCUGAGAUAUGAUGUUCACGCAUGUGAAUAUGAGGAUGUGCGUAUAAUGUGGGAGAUGCUGAGACAGAACGAAACUAAAAAUGGACGACGAUCAGUAACCAACUUGAACCAGAAGAGAUGCUUCUGGAAUUGCUUCAGCUGGGCAAGGUCCACUCCGUAUUUCGGCCGCAACUACUGUUAAAUCUCUCUGUUGUGUGUGAAAAUUAAGCUCUUAGAGACUAGUCGUCCGUUGCAUUUUCGUCUGUAAUGGGAUGUGAAUCGGGUGUUCAUUGCUAAUAAAAUUCGAGAUAGUCUCAUUUCCUGUCUUUUUGUACAUGGCAUCACCUUUAGAUGAAUGUGACUCUUCCUCAUUGCUGUGCUUAAAUGAUAUAUGAUGUUAUGUAUUUCUGCUA